AUGCUUCCCGUACCAAAUUACACUUCGACGAACAUACCGGCAGCAGUGUUAAACGCGGCUUUGAUUCCUGGUAAGCUGAACAUCUGCCACGGUAACGCCCAAAGUUUAUGUGCGCGGCAAUCUUCGAAAUUGGACGAGGUUCGAAAUGUUUUAGUCAACUCUAAAAUAGAAGUCGCGUGUUUUACUGAGUCGUGGCUUACUUCAAAAAUUAGCGAUCGCAGUAUUGGUAUUUCAGGGUACACGGUUGUACGUAACGACAGAUCUUAUAGACGUGGAGGAGGAAUUGCUGUGUACUACAGGAGCCAACUGAAAUGUUCUAAGAUUUUUGGAACGGUGCUAUCAUCGGACUCAACUGAUCUAACUGAGUGCUUGGCUUUAGACUUUCGGUUGUACGGCGAAAAGAUUCUGCUGAUGGUCAUUUACAACCCACCGGAUAAUGAUUGCUCGUCUUUUUUGGCAGAAAAGCUGACAGAAUUCGCUGUUCGCUACGAACAUAUUUUCAUCGUAGAAGACUUUAACACUGACAUGCUUCGUUCAAGUGCCAGACGUGUAACGUUUGAAUCUAUUCUCAGCAAUUUUUCGUUAACGUCUGUUGGUGAAGAGCCAACAUUUUUCCAUAACGAAGGAAGUUCACAGUUAGACCUUUUUAUUACCAGCAAUAAUGACAAGGUCAUACGCUUUAAUCAGGUCAGUUUUCCUGGACUGUCACAACAUGAUUUAAUUUUCGCGUCGACAGAUUUCAAUGUCACACAGUCUACACAUGGGAACACUUAUCGUGAUUAUGUGAACUUCGACUCGCAAUCUCUGGAAAACGCAAUACUCUCGAUUGCCUGGAAUUACUUUUAUGAAAAUGAGAACCCCGAUGAAUGUUUGGAAUUCUUCAAUCGCCAUAUCAAAGCUGUACACGACUGCUGUAUACCUCUCCGAACCAGAGCUCGCCGUUGGAAAUCAAACGCAUGGUUUAACGGUAAUGUUCGACGGUGCCUCCUUGAACGUGAUCUGGCGUACAAAGAUUGGCUUAGAGCUACACCACAACUGAAGGCCAUCAAGCGACAACAGUAUAAGGUGUUGCGAAAUCGUGCGAACGCCGAGGUUGCCAGAGCAAAAAAAGAAUACCUUAAGAGAUAUUUGGAUAGCAGAACGUCAUCAAAAUGUUUAUGGCAGCGUGUGAGGAGCUUGGGGGUUGGCAAAGCACAAACGGCGUUGCCCAGUGAUUUUGAUCCCGAUGAAGUCAAUAAUGUGUUUUUAUCGAACUAUACCGGCAGCGCCACCGUAGAAGAAAGUUUUUCAAAUGCAACGUUUCCAUCACCGUAUAACUUCUCUUUUCGCCCAGUGUAUUGGUGGGAAGUUACAAAUGCUAUCUGGGAAAUCACGUCACAUGCUGUAGGACUAGAUGGCUUGCCUAUCAAAUUUAUCAAGAUCAUCUUACCGUUGGUUAUCCAGCAUAUAACGCAUCAACCGCCUCAUUGCAUCCUCUACUUUCCCGAAUUGUUGGAAGCAAGCAAAGAUUUUGCCAUUGAAGAAGAAUCCACGACUUAA